CCUUAAAUAAGCUUCGUUUCCGUCAUUCUUAUCGCUCGUCGUCGUCGCACCAUCCCAUUUGACGUACACCACCAGUAACACACGGAACUCCAGGCUCGUUUUCGUCGUCUGCGCUCAAGCGCGCAGUGAUAUCUGGAUUGCUCGAUCUUUUGAAAGGUCUUUUCAAGAGACUUUUCUGGGUCGUUCCAUCCAUUUCUCGUCCGGUAUAUGACCUUGCUCUGUGUUCAUUUCUCUCUACGCAACCAGCAAGCUUUCCAACGUCUGCUCGAUGCCAACAGUGACCGGACCGCUGGCAUCAGCACCAGUAGUAGCGGUGGAAAGUCAUGGUCGAAGGGAGGCGCUGUUGGAAUGGCUAUCGCCGCGGAGAUCAACGGACGCGAUAGGCUAGGAAGGACAGUUCUCCAUCUCGCUUGUUCGUCGACGGACACGUUGGAAUACGUGCGAUUGCUACUUCGCCAUCCUGCCGUCAACGUCAAUGUUCAGGAUUUGGAGAGCCAUUGGACUCCUCUGCAUAGGGCUUUAUUCCAUGGGAAUCUGGGCGCGGCCCUUCUGUUGCUACAACAUUCGGACAUUGACAUCUCGCUGAGGGACUUUGAGGGCUAUACUGCGUUCGAGUUGUAUAAUUCGACAGUGGAGGGCACGAAACCGCCCGUCAAUGCCUCUGGUGCUGAGCUGUACAUGUGGGGCACAAAUAGGAACGCUACCCUCGGUCUUGGCGAUAGUGAUGACCGUACAUACCCUGACCAGGUGGUCAUUCCCCACAGAUACUCGUCGGACGACUCCAAUAUACAUACUAGGUUCUUUCCGCUCCAAGUUCACCAGGUCCACACUUCCAAAUUGCACACUGUCAUCGUUACAUGCGAGAAGAAGGGAAAUUUAAGACUUUGCGGAUUUGGCAGCGGAGGACGGCUCGGGCCCGUGCAACAUACUCAGUAUAGUUUGACUCUGCUAUCACAGCUUAAUCAGACCAUAGUCUCUGUCGCGCUAGGGCAAGAUUAUACUUUGGCUCUCACUGACAUGGGCGAAGUCCUUAGCUGGGGAUUGAACCGGUUUUCCCAACUGGGUUACCUCGUCGAAACAAAUUCGAACGUUAACAUUGGUCGAAUUGAAGAGCCCAUUCAGUCAACGCCGAAGAAAAUCGCUGGUCAACUUAAGAAAGAAUUUGUCAGGGGCGUUGCUGCGUCUAAGACUUCGUCCGCGUGCUGGACCGCGACAGAAGUCUUUACGUGGGGCACAAAUAACGGACAAUUAGGUUACGAUAAAUCUGCUCAGCCCAUACAGGUUCUGCCUCGAAAGGUCACUAAGAUCACUAAGGCCGUCACGUCUGUGUGCCUCACAGACGCUGCCAUGAUCUGCCUUCUUGUAACGCAGGAGGUCAUUUGUAUAUGGAACGACCGGAGCUUUAAGAUCAACUUCCCAGCACAUGGUUUCCCCCAGCAAAUUCAGCCCUACCGACCUCCUCAGGCUAUCAAGGGAGCCCACGUCUCCAAAAUCACCAACUGCGACGAUACAGUGGCCGCCUUGUCUUCAAAUGGAGAGGUCUUUAUACUCGUGAUCCCGCCGCCGACUGAUGCAGAAGCACACUCUUCGUCCUCUAAAGUCUUUGUACCACAACCGGCAUGGACGUUGAAGAAGCAACUCAGUGCAGCCAGAGAUGUAGCCAUUGGCAAUGAUGGGAUGAUCAUAGUAUGCACCGAAUCUGGUCAUGUAUUCGUGCGAGCCCGCAAAGGUGGAAACACUAGUUCUCAGGGCGCCGGAAAGAUCUUCAAGUACCAACUUGUUCCUUACAUCCAGCGAGUUGUUGGAGUAUGUGCGAACAGCUCCGGUGCCUUUGGCGCCAUGCGAAUCGACCACAAACCCGAUCCCAUCCCGGUUCACGGACAUAGUCUGGCGCAAGAUCUGGCAGAAAUACUACCUUUACUUGCAGCGCAGCCCAAUACAAGUCGGCUGCAGGCAUCAUCCCCGGCACCCUUGGUCCGCGGUCUCGAUGAAGACGAGGAUGAGGCCGACGACCACAUCCAAGAGGACCUAUGCAAGCUAGCCCGGCUUUUAGAUGUCAUGCGUCUCCAAAUGAACUUGCAUACCUCGGAAGGAAAGCUAUUGACACGAGGCGCUGAUAUAUUGAUUUUCACCGAUGAAGUUCGUCACACUUUCUCCGCUCAUCGUGUCGUCCUCAGCGCACGUUCGUCGGUUCUUCUCUCCCUUCUCCAGAAUUCUCGCACCGUUCGAGACGAGUCGAAGAUAUCCGUUCGUUAUACUCAUGCCUCCGGUCGCCAUCGCCUUAUGUUUUCUCACUGUCUUCCUAUGUCUGUCUUAAUACUUCUCGACUAUCUGUAUUCCGAUCGUCUGCUAUCAGUUUGGGAUAGGCGCCUGUCUUUCGGUUCUCACCUGGAUUCUGCACGUAUCAAAUCAGAGUUGCAAGUCUUGGCUAGACUAUUACAUCUCCCCGCACUUUCGAAGGCAAUUCAGUCACCUGUGAAGGUGACUCCAGAACCGACGAUGGUUCAGGACGUGGCAAAUCUGUUCCACAACGCACAAACAAUGUCGAAGGAGCCAGAUUCUCCACAGUACCCAGACGUCGUAUUGCAGCUUCAGGAUAAGGAUGUCUUCUGCCAUUCCACCUUUCUGCGGGCCAGAACCGUUUUUUUUGCUGAUUUCUUUACUGAAGGAGAUUGGACCAGGAAACGUAAGGAUGAGACCGGUCGGGUGUAUGUCAAUAUGAAGCACAUGAAGUGGCAUGUGAUGCAAUAUGUUCUGAGAUUCGUAUGUUGUGGGGAGGAUAUUGAGAUAUUUGAAAGGUUGGAUUUUGCUCAUUCUGUUGAGUCGGUUCUGGAGUUCAUGUUCGAGGUCAUGGCCGCCGCGGCUGAGCUACAUCUUGAUCGGCUGUUGCUCAUUGCAUCAUCCAUCAUAUUGAACUUCCUGAACGUCCAAAACGCAUGUUAUAUCCUUUCCGAGGCCACCCACUAUUCUGCGAAGGAUCUGAUUGACGCUGUCCAGGGCUAUAUCGCCGUCAAUCUGGAGAGCAUGCUAGAAAGUCGAAUACUGGACGUUAUGUCACCCACAUUGAUCAGACAACUCUCUUGUUUUGUCAGAGAAAUGCAGACGGCAAAAUCACCAAUCACGCGACGCAACUUAUUGGGAAAGCUCGCUAUGGACAGGCAUGCGGAAUGGUUGUCCCUUCAAGAUCUCCCCUCCCCAAUUGUCAGAUCAAACAAACAGUUAAUGCGGCGGGAUUCGGCUAGGCUGUCCCCACCAGCGCCAAGUAGUAGGGUGCAGCGCCCUGUCAGGGUUACUCCGUCGGCACCCAAGCCUGAAGUUCUUUCAGCUCCCGUUGGAAGCGACGACAUCUUCACCAUGGAUGACGUCGAUCUUGUCCCCGUUGUGAACUCGGACCAAUCCAGCCCCUCUGCUCCCUGGAAAUCCACCUCAGCAGCUCGUGUGGACAUGCGAGCCAUCAUGGCUGAGGCUGCCAUGCAGGUUCCUACGGGAUCCAUCGUACCUCGCAAUCCCCUGAGUGCCAACGAUCCAUCUCGCAGGCAGUCGUCUCUGCCUAAAAUAUCCGAGGGUAGCGGUUCUUUACCUGCCACACCAUCACCACGGAGGACGCCCGUGAACACAAUGGGAUCUCCAUCUUGCAGCGACGCAACUAAGAUAUUCCCCAAGCUUUCUUCGUCGUCUGCGUCUACCCCAAAGGCACCGUCCACCUUAGUCGUCAAACCAUCUGCAGCAUCCAGAUCCCCCAGUGCUUUACCGGGGCUUGGGCCCGUGAUUUCUCCUCAGCGACAGCCUUCUUCGGCCAAGACGAUGCAUACUGGUAGGGGUGUGUCUGGUAAAGCAUGGGCAUCUCCUUCGCAGCCUAACGCUGCGACCUCCUCAAUGUCUGGCAUGUCCUUUUCCGAAAUUCAGCGGUCACAAUUGGAGCAUAGUGUUCCUGGAAAGGCUCGUCGAUCGUUACUCGAAAUUCAAAUGGAGGAGCAAGCUCGCAGGGAGGAAGAGACAUUUAUGAAAUGGUGGGUAGCGGAGGAGGAGAGAGUGAAGCGACAGGCUGAAGCGACAGAGGAAGCAUUGAAGGCUUCUACUCAGAAGACUAAAAGAGGAGGGGGGAGGGGCGGGAGGACUGUCAGUGGGCCUCGCAAAAAGAGUGGGGUUGCCCCUUCCAAUCCAUGAUACUUGGACAUAUGUAUUAGACAAUCUUACUGACCUAUAUGAUAUACUGCUAUGUAAUGUCUAUGCUAUUAGUACGUCUUUUACGGAUGAAUAGGUUUGAUAAGUACAAGGUUGCAGAUCCGGUUCUUUUUCAGUGGCUGACGUAUUCAAG